AUGGAGCUAGAAGAAACGAAAGAAUUCAAAGAACGCUGUACUCAGUGUGCUGCUGUCUCUUGGGGUCUUACUGAUGAAGGCAGAUAUUACUGUACUUCUUGCCACAAUGUUACAGAUAGAUCUAAGGAGGUUAUAGACACUGGAGCUAUUCCUAAUACCAAGAUCCAAGCCAUCAAUCGAGGACUUAAAAGAAAAAAAAACCUUGAGAAAGGUUGGGAUUGGUAUGUGUGUGAAGGUUUUCAAUACAUACUUUAUCAACAAGCAGAAGCCUUAAGUAGCCUUGGAGUAGGACCAGAAUUAAAGAAUGAAGUUUUACAUAAUUUUUGGAAGCGCUACCUUCAGAAGAGCAAGCAGGCUUAUUGUAAAAACCCUAUUUAUACCACUCUAAGGAAAGCUAAGGUAUUAGAAGCUAAUGUAAGUCGUUCAGACUGGGAGAGUGAGCCUGAGCUGUUGAGUGACUUUACCCUUCCUUCCUUUGUUGAAAGUGGAGCAGAAUCUCAGACUGAUGUCAGCCCUCAAAAAUCUUUUUCUAUCAUCAAAGCAUCACAUUCAGAAAUCGCAUCAUUGUGUUCUGGAUCUCUUGAUGGAGUUGAAUACUCAAGACGAAAGGAAAAGGGAUUUUUGAAGAUGACUGUGCCAAAGACACUUGCUUUCUGCUAUCUGUCAUUGCUUUGGCAGAGAGAAACAAUUACUCUUUCAGAUCUUUUGAGAUUUGUUGAAGAGGACCAUAUUCCUUACAUAAACACUUUCCAGCAUUUUCCAGAAGAGAUGAAAUUAUAUGGGCGUGAUAAAGAAAUCUUUACCAUAGAGUCUUGGCCUGAGUAUGAGGAUAUUUUUAAAAAAACUAUUGAAGUGGCUACAUUUUUAGAUUUGCCUCGUUUUCCAGAUAUAACUGAAGACUGCUAUCUACAUCCAAAUAUCUUGUGUAUGAAAUACUUAAUGGAAGUCAAUCUACCUGAUGAAAUGCAUAAUUUAACUUGCCAUGUGGUGAAAAUAACUGGAAUAGGAGAUGUGGAUUUUCUGACAUUUGAUCCAAUAGCUAAAAUGGCAAAAACUGUUAAAUAUGAUGUACAAGCUGUAGCUAUCAUCAUAGUAGUAUUGAAACUUCUCUUUUUACUGGAUGACAAUUUAGAAUGGUCUUUAUCUAAUCUUGCAGAAAAACAUAACAAAAAGAACAAAGAAGAAAAACCAUGGUUUGAUUUCAGAAGGUGGUACAAAGUUAUGAAGAAAAGUAUUGAUGAGAAAAAACAAAAAUGGGAAGAAGCCAGGGCCAAGUAUAUAUGGAAAAGUGAAAAGCCACUGUACCACUCAUCCAUUGACAAGUCAGUAGUAUAUAAAAAAAGAGAAAUAGUAGUAAAUCUGCAAAAACAGUUUAGCACACUAGCUGAUUCAACACCAGCUGUUGAAAAAAAAAGCCCUUCAAGUUUUCAGUUCAAUUGGACUGAAGAAAACGAUGAUAUAACCUGUUUCCAUGGACAUAGCCUCCAAGGAAUCCUGCAAAAGAAGGGCCUGUCAUUGAUGACCAAGAAUUCACUCUACUGGCUUAGUACGCAGAAAUUCUGUAAAAGUUAUUGCAGACAUGUGACAGUCUAUGAAGAAUCAAAUUAUUCUCAGAGCUACCAAUUUGUACUAAACCUUUUCUCCUUCCUGCUAAGAAUAAAGGCAUCCUUUCUCCAUCAAGAAGUGAGCUUAAUUGAAAAGAGACUUUUUAAAGGAAAAUACAGUAAAGCCAAAAAACCAUCAAGAUCCAAGAAACUGAGAAGCUAUUAA